AUGAGAGUCGAGCUGCGGUACUCGAGCCCGUUCCGGCCGACCUCGCACAAGGCGUCGAGACCCUACUACCGCUGCAGGAGAGGCAGCCAGCUCCUCACGAUCCCUCCAUCAUUACCAGCAGCAGCAGCAGCAGGCCGAGAACAACAGCAGCCAGUGUUCGACUACGGCGCAUACGCCCGGCUCGUGCAGGACAGCCUCACUAGUCACAAUAUGCGCGACACACAGCAACAGCAGCAGCAGCAGCGGCAGAACCUAAACAUCGCCGCGUCGCAGCCCUCGCCGCCAUCGGGAACAAUACGCGACCUCCAGGCCAGUCGGUUCGAGAUUGCGCUGCUGGCGCUGGGGAUCCUGGUGCUGGUGGCGCAGAUGGGCGUGCUGCUGUGGAUCGGCGUGGUGAGGCGGCCGCACGGGGCGCACAAGCGAGGACAGCGCUGGGGGGGCGGCGGCCGACGAGGGAGAAGGAGACGGCGUGGGCGGGGGCACGAGGAGUCGGCGGCUGAUGAUGAUAGUUAUGGCUCUGACGAUGAUGACGAAAGCGACGAGGAUUAUGAUGACCACGACAAGCACGGCUCGUGUCUCUGGAAGGAUGUGUUUGGCGACGCGGGGACGCCGCUGCGCCACGACCGGCUCGUGCUGGGGUCUGGGUCUGGGUCUGCGUCGGGGACGGACAAGAAGAACGGUAACGGUAAUGGCAACAAGAGACGGUCGCUGAUGGAGCGCGUGCGCCGGACCAGCGAGCAGGUCGCCGAGGCCGUGCAUGGUACUGGUGGGCGCUCGGCUGGGGGCUUGUCAUCUUCGUCGCUGCCGAGGGACGACGUCGAGGUCGGCAUCGCCAGCGGCGUGGCCCCGGCGCGGCCGGUCCCGGCAGCGAGCAGUAACACUACCGGUAACAAUAACGCCGCCUCGCUCAGCUGUAGAGACGGCGCUGAUGACUGCUGCAACCUCGCCAGCUCGAGAACGGGCGGCGGCGGCGCGUUUCAUGCUGCUGCUGCCUUUGCUGACAGGACGCCGUCGUCGGGCUGGAGCUUCCGGCGGCAUUCGAACUGGGUCCCGGAGAGCAAUGAUCCUUUCAGACUUGUCUGA